UAGCAUACACACAGAAAUUUGAAUUUAUUCUCCUAUCAGCAGCAGUCUCAACCAUUCAUUAUGUUGAACUCAUCCAGUAAGCAAUGACAGUCACUAACACCACAUGGGAACAGAGUGAACAAUGCCCAAAUUUCCCAUUCCCAGACACGGCAAACUCUGAGCACAGUGAGAGGCAACAAAUCAGAUAAUGAGGUUUAGGUCAAUUUAUGAAAGAAAAUCUCUGGGAUAUUCUUCCCCAUUUCCUACGGGAAUCAUAGGAUCCAGGAAGCUGUGAUGGUGCAAUCACUUACCAAGAUUCACAACCUCCAACUGGAUGAAGAUACUUUUCCUUUGAGAGCUAAACUGGGUAAAUACUUACUGCAGGUUCCAACAAUAAGUCACUCCUUGGGUAAUUUUUCUGGUAAGGUGGCAGCAUGCACCGACAGCGGCUUCUACAGGGCCAACCAAAGGUGUUAAUGUCUUCUUUAAAUGUAUUUUUUACCAUCACAAGACCCGACUGGACAUUUAAAGUACUGCAAGUCUGCCCCAUCGCCAAGUUGCUCGUUGGCGGAGAAACUGAAGGAGCUGGCGUUGUUGUGCACCAUGUUGCUGCCUGCUACAGAGAGCAUCGCAGUCAAUGCGCAAAGGAGUUCAGAAAAGGACACACUCGAUAUCAGGUCCUACUUGUUUUACAAACUCCUUGAGGACAUCGGGGCUGCGCCAACCUUGCGCGCCGGGGAGAUGCAGCAACAGCUUUACGACGGCGACUUCUUGCUCUUCAAGUCAGCCCCUGUGUUUGAAAGCAACUUCGUACAGGUUAGUAAAAAGGGGCACGUGAGUGAUAUCCACCAUCGAGUUACCGUGGUAACGAUGGGAGUCUCCUCCACAGACCCCACACUCUAUACCCCAGAUGUCUUGCUGAUCGCUCGACCCAGUGACCGACAACUGCAGGUGUUCGACAGAGACCUGAAGCAAACCUCACCUUCGGGGUCCAAGCCCCCGACAGGCAUCGACAGCCCUUUACAGCUGCUGAGACUUUUUCCUCUGAAGCUGAUGAAGAUCUCCAUCUAUGACAAGAAGAACCAUCGACUGCGGCUGCAGCUGGCAUCACAGAAGUCCUUCUACUUCCAGCUCACCGGCGUGGAUUCCAGGUUUGAGGAUGAGAUGUUCCAGCACUGGGUGAAAUUAGUGCAACACAUCUACCCACAAGGGGCAGCAGGCAUCACCCAGCCAUGAGCGACCUGGGGUUAGCCUCGCCUCACCACUGACUGUACAGCACCUAUCUCACACAUGGCUUCUUGGAUCACCUGUCACCCGGAGAAUCUCUGAGCCACCAUCUCUGCUCUUGCCCCCAACAGUUUGGA